GAUAUUAGCGUCACAUCGCUAACCAGAGAGCUAGUGUGAUUCUCGGUGUAAAAAAUGUGUAAGGUCCAAAUGCUGAGAGAGUUGAUGGAACAGCGACUAAAUGCUGUUGUUGAAGAGAUAUUUGGACUGUUUGAAAGAAUCAUAGAAGAGUACGAGGAGCAACUUUCUCGAAUAAAAGAGAACGGGCGACAACGCGAGUUAAUGUGCAGCGUCUUCAAACCGGAAGUUCACUCACUCGCAGCAGACAUCCAGCAGGUGUCCGUGGAGAGUCUUAAAAAGGUUCCCUCCCAGCAGCAGGAGUGGAGCUCCAGUGUGGGGAAAGAAGAACCAGAAUCCACCCACAUUAAAAAGGAAGAGGUAGAAAGCUGGGAGCAGUGUCAAGGGCUGGAGGAGGCCGACAUUACCAAGUCGACAUUUACUGGUGCCCAUGUGAAGAAUGAAGAUGAUAAAGUCAAAGCUCAGUCAUCACAGCUUCAUCACAGUCUAAAUGAGGAGAACAUACCGGUGGAGCCUCUAACUCAACACAUGACAACAGAAGAUGAUAGAGUGCGCUGUGGAGGACCACAAGGAGACGGCAUCUUUGCACCACAGUCAGAUAUGAACGACAUGAUGUCACACUCUUCUGAGACUGAUCACAGCGACGACGCUAAAGAAAGUUUGGAGAGGAAUAAAGGCUCUAAGGGUGAUAUGAGACAUCACACGGACAACAAAUCAUUUGACUGCUCUGAAUGUGGGAAAACAUUUGAGAAAAGAGCGAGUUUGACCAGACACAUAAGAACACACACUGGAGAGAAACCUUUUGCUUGCUCAGUUUGUGCUAAACGGUUCUCCUUAAAGGAACACAUGAAAAGACACAUGAUGAUACAUACGGGGGACAAACCCAUCUCCUGUUCCAUUUGUUUUAAAAGAUUCAGAGAUAAGUAUGAAAUGCUGUCGCACUUCAAAACACACACUGCAGAGAAACCUUUUCCCUGCUCAUUUUGUAGGAAAAGUUUCUUGAGACAGGACGAUAUGGUCACACACAUGACAGCACACAGUGGUGAGAAACAGUUCACCUGCUCGGUUUGCAUGAAACGUUUUUCUCGAAAGGAUUAUUUGAUAAUACACAUGAGAACACACUCAGGCGAGAAACAUUCUUGCUCAGUUUGUCAUAAGAGAUUCUGUAGUAAAAAGUAUGUCAUGAUACACAUGAGGACGCACACUGGGGAGAAACCGUUUAGUUGCAAUGCAUGUCAUAGGAAAUUCACUUAUAAGUAUCAAGUCAACAGACACAGUUGUGCUGGUGACAACAGCGGUGCUAAUUGACAACAUAGAUGGUAUACAACACAUUGUUUCAUCAUCUAGACUAGCAAUGUAAAAUAUAUUGUUCUUAAUAAAUAUAUAAUUCCACCAACAGUGAUUUUGUUAAAUCUAUAGGAAAGCUAUCUAUACAUUAGCAAAAAUCACACAUCACACGGGUCAGAGGUGUGUAUAAGCUUGUGUAUACUGUAAGAUAAAAUGUUAAAACAAACCUCCCCAGUACCGUUGAGUGACCUCACAGUACAUAGUAAUGUUGCUCCAUAUUUGCAGGGAAAAUGCAUGCACAGUGUAUCCCACAGGACAUCCUCAAGUUUCAAGUUUAUUAGCCAUAUCAACAGUAUAGGUAUACAGUGGCUAGGAAUGUAUUUGGUGUGCUCACAGUUUGACAGUACAAUCACGACAAUACAGUACAACUCGAGAAACAAAACUAAGGAGGGGUCAAAAACAGCACAUACAGUAGAAGACAGGAAUGACAGCGUACGAACAUUGAAGAAGUGCAUUGGUAAAAGUGCAUGGUUGUACAGGGCUGCUGGAGUAACAGCGUGCAAAAUAAGCAGAAGAGGUAGUAGGUCGGUAGUGGAGUCCAGCAAGUGUUAGCGCAUAUUGAAGUGGCAGACGGCUUGUGGGUGGGUGCUGUCCCUAGAACGUGUGGUUUUGCAUGUGAUGCUCCGGUACCUUCUACCUGAUGAUAGGAGUGUGAAUAGAUGGUGUGCUGGGUGAGUGGGGUCGGAGGUGAUGUUCUUGGCUUUCCUGGCAAUUCUGGUGUUGUAGUGUGAGGCUAAUGUGGGCAGAUUGUGGCCAUUGGUUUUAGAGGCCCUGCAUACCACCUCCAGCUGUUGCCUAUCUUGGCUGGUGGUAUUGCCAUACCAGACCACGAUGAAGAAGGUGAGCAUGCUUUCUAUUGUGGCACGGUAGAAAUGGAUCAUGCCUGUUUGACUGACCCCAAUUUCCUCAGCUGUCGGAGAAAGUGUAAUCUUUGGUGAGCUUUUGAAAUGAUGAGACUGGUGUUAAGGUUCCUUGACCUGGACUGAUGGAUGGUGGUGCCGAAAAAACGAAAGGUGUCAACUCGCUCCACUACCUGAUCAUUAAUGCAGAUGGGGAUGUGCUGGCCUGCCUUUUUCCUGAAGUCCACUAUGAGUUCUUUGGUUUUUGAUAUGUUGAGUGUAAGAUUGCUGACUGCACACCACUGUACUAGAUGUUUGACCUCGACGCGAUAUGAUGUUUCAUCCUCAUCGCGUAUGAGGCCUAUACAUAACUGUGGUGUCGUCUGCGAAUUUUAGGAGUUUGACAGAUGGAGAAUUGGAUAUGCAGUUGUUGGUGUAUAGGGAGAAUAACAGGGGUGAUAACACACAACCUUGUGGCGCGCCGGUGUUCAGGACCUUGGUUGAUGAAAUAUUGUUUUGGAUUUUAACACACUGCGUUCUGUUAGACAGGAAGUUGAGCAGCCAGUUACAGAGUGGGGGGUUGACACCCAUGGACAGGAGAGUAUUAUACAGAGUGAAACAGCGUCAUCAACUCCCCUGUUUGCCCUGUAGGCAAAUUGGUGAAUGUCCUCCAGUUGUUUAUGAUACUGUUUAUGCACAUGUGAAUUUCUCACAAAAUGCCUUGGCGUUCCUGUUAGGAUGGCACUCAGCGGAGUGCAGACCCCUGCCCAAAUAUUUUUUUUCUGCAUAACAGAUAAUAAAAAGUAGAUUAAGAUAACUGGGGGCUCCCUAUAUUUUCACGUGACUGUGAAUGACAAUUGUGGCGGCCCCGAUGUGUUGUGGUCAAAAUGCUUUUGAAGACAUGCGAGCAAAGAUUAAUCGAGAUAUCCUCGUUUAUUUGUUUUAUAAUCACAUGACACAUGGCCAAUGAUCUAUAGACAGUCAGUUGCAAAAUCCCACCCUUGUCCCUGCAAAGAUAUUUUGUUUUAAGUUUUUCGAACUGUCUCGUUCAAAUUUUACACACGUGCUUGUAGGUCCGCUAAAGAUGUGUACCACGUUUCGUGGUGAUUCGGCUAAACACCCUUAAGUACAGCGGGUGUUUUGAAUAGCAGCACAUUGAGCUGUGUAAGAAAUUUCAAGUUAAUCUGACUUGCAGGGGUCAAACUUUUUCAUUUUUAACUUUUUAAUAACAGCUUGACCGUGUGGUGUAUUUGUCAGAAAAACGAUAUCGCAAGCAAACGAGUUGGGGUGCAUGUUUUACGAACUUUUCACCCUUUUGUGUGCAGCGGUGGUGGAGUAGAAGUUAGCUUACACAAACAUACUGACAAUCGGCGUGUAGCAUACUGUAUAUGACGAUACUUGUCAGACGGCGAUAAUUGCUUUCAGCACAACAGGGUAGGAGAUGUGUGAAACUUCACACCCCUGUUUCUGUAUUGGAACAUUCUCUGACACACAGGUGCCAUCACGCCUUUUGUUUGGGCCCGGAUGCUAUACCCCUGAAGGUGGAAUAUUGCCUGAACGAUUUUACCCGCUCUUUUCUCCAUCAGUGUUAUUUGUAAAGAUGGGAGUUGGAUUACAUUACAUUAGAGAACUUUAUUGAUACCAUGUAUAGCAGCAACACCGUAUGCGGAAUACUCUGUAUCUAGACUAUACUAUAUUUAUUUAAAUAGCUGUGACUCACAUCCUGUUCAUGAAUGCUGUGAAUGCAGGGAAGGGUGGAGGUGUGAUGAGUGCUUUAAUGCUGUCUGGGUGGCAGCGGACGCGGUAAUCAGAGAGUGUUGAUGAUGGAGGAGCAUGGCUGGGGGUUGGGAAUAUUCUCUUUUCAAACCUAUUCAGUAGAAUAUAUUCAUUUUCAUAACCGUUUUUUCCCAUGUGGAUGUUCUGUAUAAACAUCACUGACUCGGAAUGGAACAGUCUGCCUUAAAGAGGGGGUAUGUCGCCUGUGUGUAGGGAGGGGUAUUCAGCAAUGCACGACAAGGGUGUGUGAAGUUCAACACCUUACACUCCAAGUAACCAAGUAAAUACAGUAUCAGUAUUUCCAAUACAAAUACUUUUUUACGGGAAAGUUUUCAAGGUCAUUCUAGGAUUUGGACUUUUAAUUUGUUGCUCAUGAUUAUAAUCGGAAAAAAUACAGGAUAACGAUUGUAGGCAAAUAAAAAACAAUAUUUUAUCAAUAGACUAUUGAGCAAUAUCAACAAAAUUAUACAGUUAUUGCCUUUUUAUUGUCUUUGUUAUACAUACAAUUGUUUGAGCAAAAUAAAGUCAAUACUGCAAAAUAAGUUAACAAAGCAAACACAACUAUUGACUCUCAGUUAAAUGCUUUGGCUUUUUGCCCCCAAAGCCCUGCUGUGUCCAAGAACGUAUUCCCUGAGUUUGUAAACAAUAUAUAAAUAUAACAGUAUCAACACUGACGUAAUAUGAACAACACAGCAUCAAAAAAUAUAUAUUUGUGAACAUAAACAUAGAAGAGAACUGAAAAAUGUCCAUCUCGUCACGCUGGUAUCAAUUCGAUACUGAUGCUCUACUACCCUUGUUAUCACUAUUGAUAAAUGUAGGCUUAUUCUGUUAGGCCAAUUAUUGCAGGAGGAGGCUUUUGUCUCCACUUGAAUUGGGUGAUGGCACCCUGCGGCUUCCCAAUUUGCAAUGUACUACACGUGCACACACCAGCCACCGUCUGGGAAAAUAUUUGGGCACAGCACAACUUUGCAUGCAGCAAACGUGGUACGUACUGAAGCCAAAACGCAGCAACUACUGGUUGUCUGCUCGGGCUGUUGUCAUAAUUGUCAUUGUUACUUUUUUUGCCCUGUAGUCGAGUGUCUCGGUGUGUCUUUCCUGGAGGUUACCUGGCAGUGACAAUGUAAUCAAAUGAUGACACUAUGCACAGAGAUUUGUAUUUCCGCACCAACUAUUUAUGUGAGAAAAAGUAUGUCUUGCAAACGGUGCCGUGUGUAUUGGGGGAGGGUGGAGUCACUUCCGUAAAUAAAGAGGCACUGCGUGUUUUCGACAAUGUAGUUUGUCCAAGUGGCAUUGCCGUAGUAUUACAACAAUUUGGACCACACUGAAGUUAGCUGCAAGUUGUUAAGCAUCGCUACUAAAAGUACACGUGUUAUCAAAAUGUGUAAAGUCCUCUUGCUGAGAGCGAUGGUGAAGCAGCGACUGGGUGCGGCUCUGGAAGAGAUAUUUGGACUGUUUGAUAGAGCCGUAGCAGAGUACGAGAAUGAACUUUCUCGAACAAAAGUGGAGAACGAGCGACAACGCCAGUUGUUGGAAUCUGUUUUCAUGCCUGGGAUGGGGACACGCAGAUCAGGCAUUCAGAAGAUGCCGUUGGAGAGUCAAGGGGAGGUUUCCUCUGAGCAGCAGGAGUGGAGCUCCAGUGUGGUGCAGGAGGAGCUGGAGCCACCCCAUAUUAAAGAGGAAGAGGAGGAACUGUGGGAGCAGUUUCAUGGGUUGGAGCAAGCUGACAUGACCAAGUUCCCUAUAAACAGGGAGGACAAUGAAGACAAAGCUCAGACUUCACAGCGUCAUCAUUGCCAAAGGGAGGAGAACAGCGGGGCGGAGCCUCUAACUCAACACAUGACAACAGAAGAUGAUGGAGGACCACAAGCACCCAGAAACUUUGCUCCACUGUCAGAUGUGGACGACAUGAUGUCACACUCUUCUGAGUCCGAUCACAAUGACGACACCAAAGAACCUUUGGAGACUAACAAAGAUGAUAUAAGACAUCACAUUGACUACAAACACUUUGACUGCUCUCAGUGUGGGAGAACAUUCAACCAGAAGUGUAAUUUGACAUUACACAUGAGAACACACACCGGAGAGAGACCGUUUGCUUGCACGUUUUGCAAUAAAAGAUUCUCCUUAAAGCAUCAUGUGAAAAGACACAUGAGAAUUCAUACUGGUGAGAAACCCUUUCCCUGUUCAAUUUGUGGAAAACGAUUCAGAGAAAAGUAUGACAUGAAAGUACACAUGAGAACACACACUGGGAAGAGACGUUUUACCUCCGGCAGCGCAGCUCAACUCAACACAUGACAACAGAAGCUGAUGGAGAGCACUGUGGAGGAUCACAAGCAGACUGUAUAACGACUGAGGCUUCCUAACAAGAUCUGACAAUUUGAGCAGGACAAGAACUACAGAUGUCCAGCAGGUGUCAUUGCAGAAUCAAGAAGAGAUUCCCUCUGAGCAGCAGGAGUGGAAUCUCCAGUGUGGGCUAGAAGGAGCCAGAGCCCCCCGACAUGAAGAGCAAGAGGGGAUGAACAACACAUGACAAUAGAAGCGUGAUGGAGAGCAUUUUGAAGAAAAUACACAGUCAGAACCAAACAGCAUCUUUGCGCCACUGACAUAUCAGACUCUUCUGAGGCCGAUCACAGUGAUGACACCAAAGAACCUUUGGAGAGUACCAAGGACUCUAAAGAUGAUAUGAGAAAUCACACUGACUGCUCUGAAUGUGGGAAAUCACAUAGCCAGAGGGCAACUUUGAAAAGACACACAACACGCUGGAGAGAAACCUUUUGCUUGCUCAGUUUGUGCUAAAAUAUUCUCCUUAAAGGAAUAUUUAACAAGACACAUUAGAACACAUACAAAAGAGAAACAUCUUCCCUGUUCAGUUGUGCUAAAAGGUUUAGAGACAAGUGUCACAUGAGAACGCACACGUGUGAGAAACCUUUUCCCUGCUUAGGUUGUAUGAGCAGCUUCUCUAGUCUAAUGGCUCUCAUGUUAUACACGAGAAAGCACGCUGCAGCGAAAUGUUUGACUUCUAGCAGCUCAACUUGACACAUGACAACAGAAGAUGAUGGAGAGCACUGUGGAGGAUCGCAAGCAGACAUUAACUUUGCUCCACUGUCAGAUAUGGACGACAUGAUGUCACACUCAGUUCUGAGACCCAUCACGCUGAUAAACACUUGGAUUGCCCUGAACUCGGGAAAACACUUGAUAAAAGUGGAAAAAACAGACACAUGAUAACACACACAGGAGAGAAACCUUUGCGCUAAAAGACUGUCAAAGACUCUCAUUUGACAAAUCACAUGACGACCGAUACAGAGGAGAAAUGUGUUUCCUGUUCAGUUUGUGCCAGAAGAUUCUCAAACAAGUGUAGCCACAGGCUACUCAAAAGGCACAUGAGAUUACACACUGGUGAGAAACCUUUUACCUACCUGCUUAGUUUGCAUGAACAGCUUCUCUCGUCAAUGAUGUCUCAUGGUACACAUGAGAAAACACACUAAAGAGAAGAAACAUUUGACCUGCAGCAGCUCAACUCAACACAUAACAGAAGAUCAUGGAAAGCGCCCUGAAGGAUCACACGCAGACAGUAACUUUGCUCCACAGUCAGAUAUGAAUGACGUGACGUCACAGUCUUCUGAAACCCAUCACAGCGACGACACCAAAGAACCGUUGAGUAAAAAGGAGUGAUACAAGGGGGGCAGGGUUACGUUUUGACUGCUCUCAGUGUGAGAAGACAUUUGACCGUAGGAGACAUAUGGUAACACACACCAUGGAGAGAAACCUUUUGCUUGCUCAGUUUGUGGUAAAAGACUCUCCUCUAAGGAUUAUUUGACAGGCAGACGAUACAGAACCCCACCGGCCCGCAAAAACAUCUACAAGAAAUUCUUUAUUCCAGUUGCAGUAACUAUCUUAAAUAGCGCCCGGUAGCACUGUUAUUCUUGUAUUGUAGUAUUUUUUUGUUUGUGACUUACAGUAUGUUUUUGUUGUGUGUUUUAUAUUGUACUUCAUUCUGAGUGAAUUUUUAUAAGCCGUGUUGGAAGACUAAUUUCUGUUCUAUAGAGCAGACAAUAAAGUUCUACUCUAUUCUAUUCUAUAUAACA